AUGUCUCGCUACGACUUUCUGUUCCGUAAAGGCGGUAUCCCCGCUCUUGCUUCAUGUGUUUCCAAUACGACCCAAGCUUCGUGUGCAGGCAGUCUUAUUGUUCGCGUUAAUGAAUGCUCCAAGCAAGCCACUAUCGAGCUUGAGUUCGGACUCCCAGUGCAUGGCUUCGAGACGGACCAGCGAAUCACUUUCGUCUACGACGGCAACAACUUCGCAUCCGGCGCGAUUCCUGUGAAGGGGAUACAUGUAUCGCCUGAAAAUGUCGAGCAGAUUACGCAGAUCUCGCGCAGUCCCACCGAACACAAGCCUAGGUCAAUGCAACUGACCCUGACAGAGCCAUGCGUCGUCCUCAGCCCCUCGGGCAGCAUAUCUCCCAAGCAAGGCCAUGAAUUGCGCUUUCAACAGGUUGCCACGCUAGCAAGGGCGACCAAACUUGACAUAGUCUUUGAUUUUCUCUGGUUGCACCGCGACAAGGAUGCGCAAUUUCGAUACCUUAUCGCCAACGCAAGCUUGACGGGGUUCGCCCAUAAAAACGCGGACACCGUUGAGCACGACUGGACCAUUUUUGGUGUUGAUGAAGCGGUUCUUCCUGAAGUACCCCCGCCGUAUGACUUCACCUCGCAGAAACGUUCUCGCCAUAGUUCGCCCGGAUCCCCCCAGACGAGUCCGAAACGACCUCUACUCGAUUUCCCACCGGGCUCGCCCACAGAAAAAGCCACCACAGCGGCCGCAUCCCUGAGUCCACGUUUCCCUCCGUCUUCGCCGUCUGCUCCCGCGUUCGAUGCCUUCCAGAGCGCAAUCGAGAAUGCUGUCGAGAACGCUGUCGCGAAGAUAGUCCCCGAUGCCAUCCAGCGUAUGCUCCCCGACGCACUCGCCAAGAUGAUCCCCAAUGCCAUCGAACAAAUGCUUCCCGACGCGCUCGAAAACACCCUCACCCGCAUGGUGAACAAGUCAGUGGCGGCUGCGUCGGCUGCACCAGGUCGGACAACGCAAGGCUUAUCAGAUCCCACGUCGCCGCUGUACGCCAUGAUUCGGCAGCACCUCGACGCCCGAUUAGAUGAACUUGCGAACGACAUCACAAUCGAGACCCAAGAGCAUGCGCAGGACCUGCGAGACACUGCCAAGGUGGAGCUGGAAGAACGACUCGACGACCACCGUCUCGAGAUCACCGAGCUUCAGGCGGAGGGCAUAGCGGACUUCCAGCUGGCGUGCGCUACCGAGCUAGAGGCGUUCAAAGAGCAGACGCUUGAGAUGAAGGAGGACUUUGAGCAGGGCACCGCUGAAGCGUAUACCACGGCCAAGGAAAGGCUGGACGAGCUUGUGAGCGAUCGGAGAGUGGACUUGAAAGAGAGGUUGAUGGUAGAGGCUGGGCGGCGUUUGUAUACAGAAAAGCCUGCCGUAGAGUCUGAGCCCACCCGCCGCGCAAGCUCGGUGCCGUUGGGUGUUGGCUGGUGA